UUCUUCGGUUGACAAAUUACAAGUUUCGUCUGGUACAAAGGGAGGUCAGCCUGGUUCUACACAGGAACAGGAUCUGCAAUAUUCUCAAGAUACUGGUGCAAGUUCGGGAGAUAUCGUUGUUGUAAUUCAGGAUGACAACGAAGCUUCUAAAAUGGAAAGACAGGCCGAAACGGAAAAGAAAAGGCAACAGAAUGCAUUACCGGCGUGGCAUGUUCGUAGUACGGUUUCAGGAGAUAUUAUGACAUCCAACACUGGAAGUUCAAGCGCUGCGCAAGAAAAUGAACAAAAAGUUGAGAUAGGAAUAGCGAAUGAAAAAGAUGAUGAGCGUGGAAAUUUCUAUGCGGAGUAUUACGCCAGCUUAUACCAAGAUAAAGCCAAUGGAUCAUCAAUGGCUGAAGACGACGAAUUUGAAGAGGUAGAAAUAGAAGGCGGUGAAGAUGAUGCACCUAACGGUGGUGAUGAGUACAAUGAUGAUCAGGAUGAAUUUAUGGCCGGUGAUGAUCUAGAAGAAGUUGACAUCAACGCCCAGAAUGGACAUGUAUAUUCCGAUGAUGAUGAGUUCGACGCCGUUGACUUGGAAGAAUCGAUGAGACUCAACAAACGAUCACGAAAAGAUUUUCCUGAAGGCUAUGGAAAUUCCAAUGGAAAUCACUACUGGUAG